AACUAUUACGUUUUGGAGUGAAUAUCCAGAGCGAAAUCCAAUAUGUCCGUGUUUAAGAAACAAAAACAUAAACAAGAAAACUGAACCUAAAAGCGCCGUUAUCAUUAUAGCAUCAGAGCUACUGGAAAUCUCGUUGAAAAAUGUGGGGGAAAGGGAAAAGAAAGGACGAUGAGGAUCGCGCUUCUGAAGAGAAUGACGGUCGCGCUCCACCCAAGAAAGCCCCCAAGACCUCCACCGUCGACUCCGAGGACUCCGAUGAGAUCAUCGUCUGCGAGAUAUCGAAGAAUAGGAGGGUUGCGGUCAGGAACUGGCAAGGCAAGAUUUGGGUCGAUAUUCGCGAGUUUUACGUCAAGGAUGGCAAGCAAUUGCCUGGCAAAAAAGGUUUCUUUUUCCCCUUUGCAUCCGUUAAAUUUCGCUUCUGUUCUCAAGGCUUGUGACAUAUCUCUGUGUUUAGCUUGCAUUCUGGUUAGGAUUUUCCUUAAAUUAUGGGUUUUUUUUUUUUUUUUUGGUAUGUUUUGUAGUUCUUAUUUGAGCUUCAAAUUAAGGUUUAAUUCGUUU